AUGGAAGAACGAUGUUCCGUGAACAACCCUCGAAGAAUACUGAGCUUCUCCAAGAAUCGGAGGGCCAGCGUGUCUUUUCCCGAUGACGCCGAUGGCCGCCCGGGAUUCGGAGUCUCCGGCGAGCACGGCCCUAAGCCCUCUGAGGUCUAUGGCUUUGUGGGCUCCAUCACAACCGUUGUCUCCACAGGAUCAGGGCGGGAUUAUACAUGCAUACUUAAUGUUUGGGAUGUCUAG